AUGAUUGGGAGUAUCUUCUUCAUCUUCAACCGUCUGACGGAGAUCACCUUUCUCAUUCCAAUCAUCGGAAUGAUGGCCUACUUCGUCAACGGGUUCGUCAAAGCAAACCUGAUCACCCCAGUCUACAUCCUUGUUCUCUUCAUAGUCAGCGUGAUUGCUGUUUUCUGGUGCUUCGACACGCUAAUCCGCCACUCCACCACCAAGCGCUCAGCCGCCUUCGUCUCCUUCGUCGACCUGCUCUUCGUCGGCGCCUUCAUCGCCGCCGUCUACGAGCUCCGCUUCAUCGCCGCCGCAGACUGCAGCCACUGGGACGGCGGCGCCGGCGGCGGCGGCCCUGUCUGGGUCUCUCUGGGCCCCUUCGGAUCCUACGGGUCCCAAACGGGGAACCCGCUCGCGGGCGACCUGGACAAGACCUGCAGGAUGCUGAAGACUUGCUUCGCGCUCGGGAUUAUGGAGGUUCUGUUCUUCUUUUGGACCGCCCUGCUCGCGCUCUUCAUGUCCAGACGCUCAGCGGAUGUCGUCGUCGUGAAGGAGACCACCACGACCGUGCGGAGACGAAGCCACAGCAGUCGGAGGGGACACUCGCAUCGUCGCCGUAGUUCGUCGAGCCGGCCGCAUUAUGUAGUGUAG